ACAUUGAUGAGUGUACCGAUGGCUUCGUGGAGUGUGAUAGCAGAGCCAUCUGUGUUAACCUGCCUGGCUGGUACCACUGUGAGUGUCGGGACGGCUACCAUGACAACGGGAUGUUCUCAGCCAAUGGGGAGUCCUGUGAAGAUAUAGAUGAGUGUGCGACAGAAAGACACAGCUGUGCUAACGAUACGGUGUGUUUCAACGUGGACGGAGGCUACGACUGCAGGUGCCCUCACGGCAAGAACUGCACCGGGGACUGUAACCAUGACAACAAGCACAAACACAACGGGCAGAUCUGGGUGCUGGACAACGACAGGUGCUCCGUCUGCUCCUGCCAGUCUGGUCUGGUGAUGUGUCGUAGGAUGGUGUGUGACUGUGAGUCCACCACAGCCGACCUGUUCUGCUGUCCAGAGUGUAACCCCGGCCUCAGCAGCCAGUGUCUGCACCAGAACAGACUCAUUACAUACAGCAGUGGAGACACCUGGGUGGACAACUGCCAGCAGUGCCAGUGUAUGAGUGGAGAGGUGGACUGCUGGCCCAUGUCCUGCCCUCCAGUGGUGGACUGUGAGUUUACCCAGGUGCCCGAGGGGCAGUGCUGCCCGCGCUGCAUCACCGACCCCUGCCAGGCUGACACCGUCCGUAACGACAUCACCAAGACGUGUGUAGACGAGAACGGACUGACGCGCUUCAGCGGAGCCGCCUGGACCAAACACAGAACAGAAUGCACCCUCUGCCAGUGCAAGAACGGACAUGUCUGUUGUUCAGUGGACCCCCUGUGCCUUUAGUCUGGCUCAGACAGAAAGAUACUGAGAGCGAGCUCUACAAGGCAUCUAUCUUUGUACAGUCUCACCUUUAAUAAGAACUGAAACCCCUCCCCCAAACCUUCAACAUCUUUAUACCAAAUACCACCUGAACCCACCGUUCCAAGUGGAUGGAUGGCCUGCCGGCCCAACUCCAACCCUUGGUACCCAUCGACAGACUAUUGGAUGGUAUUGGAUGUUGUGAAAUAAAGUCUUCUGAUUGUGUAAAGAAACCUAAAGAAGUAUCUGUAUUCAGUGUUCACCUCUUUCUGCCCGUCUUUCACUUUGUAAAGGAAAAGGACCUUGGUAUUUGUGAAAAGUAAUGUUCUGGACUUUCUCCACUCCUUUUCUGUGUCCAUUCAGUUGUGUUGUUUGGUUCUGUAUUAUGGACUGUUUGUUCAGGGUUUAAUUGGAUUUAUUUGAUGGCUUGGUAUCGUGUAUUGAUGAAAUAAAGAUGUUCAUUAAAAAGGGGGACUGGUUUUCCCUCUCUGUA